AUGAAAAGUUUUGUACCGAAUGAUAUGCAUGAUGUUGUCCGUUCAAUGAAAUAUAGUUUGCCAUUUUCGGUUGUAAAUAUGGAAGAAUUGAGAUUUUUUGAUAUCCAGACAGCAGCUGAUGACCUUUUCAACACCAAAAGCCUUAACAUCAGCAAGGCAGUUCAUGUAAGAAUAGAUUCAAAGAAACUUGGAAACUUGCUACCGAAAGAGACCUUUAGCGAUUUCGAGCAGUGGAAGGAGACCUGUAUUUUGAAAAAGGGUAAUAAGGCGUCAGAUUUGAAGAACACGAUGUCUGACUGGAGAUUUAGAAAAAAUUUAAAUGACGAAGACCUUCCAGCCUCAGCUGAAGCAGCUGCGUUUGAAAUAGAAAAUCUGCCGCUUGAUAGUGACAUUAUUACAGACGAAGAAGACAGCGAAAAUGAGGAAGGUGGAAUCUUUGAGGUCGAAAAGACAAGCAUGUGCUUAGUAGAUGAUGUAGAGGAAGCAGUAGAAGAGAAAUUAGACGAGGCAGUGGAGGAAGUAGUGAAAGCAGUGAAGGAAGAAGUAGAGGAAGCAUUAGAUACCGCAGUUGAAGACGCAGAAUUGGAUUUUCAGCCCGAACCACAAAAUAAAGAACAAGUACGUCAAACCUCUGUAGGAUAA